AUUGCCUUGCGACCCCUCAGCCAAUGGCCGGAGCACCUUCCCGCUGCCAGCCAAUAGGAGCGCGGCACUCUCCGCCGCCAGCCAAUAGGCGCGGCGGGCGGGGGAGCAUGGAGUAACGCUCGGAGCGGUGGCGAUGGCCCCGGAACGCCGUGACCGCUCGCUCCCCGCCGGUACCGAGGGUCUUCCCCGGGUUUUCCUGCAGAGCCUGCGGACUCUUUUCGAUAUCCUGGAUGACCGGCGGCGGGGCUACGUGCACCUACGGGAGAUCGAGUCGCGCUGGCGGGGAGCGGAAGCCCAGGAGAUGCCCGCCGGGGUGAUGGAGGGGUUGCGGCAGGCGGCGCCGGCCAGCGGGUACCUCACCUUCGAGAGGUUCGUACUGGGGCUGCGGGCGGCCCUGCCUGAGACUGAGCCGCCGGUGGAGGGUGGCAGCGGCGGACGGCGGAGCGUGGAGAAGCCGCCAAGCCCUCGCUGUUCCGAGGAGCGGCGGGGGAAGAGCGCCGGACAGCGGGAACCGGGGCACGGCCAGCCCCGAGGCCGCAGUGGUGAUGCUAAGUCUGCUGGGCAACCCCAGGGAGACAGUGACCACCCAGGGGCUAGGGACACUCGGAGGCAUCAGAGAGGCCGUGCAGAACACCGGAGACACACCAUCACCAAUGGCGUGGACUUCAGCAUGCUGAAGUACAUGAAGGAGCUGGAACAGGAGAAGGAUUUCCUGUUGCAGGGCCUGGAGCUUAUAGACCAGGCUCGAGAGUGGUACCACCAGCACAUCCAGCUCAUGCAGGAGCACCAGCGGCUCCUGGGGAAGAGGAGAACCAGUGCUGAUUUCCCUGAAGGUGGCCAGAGCCACCUGGGGCGCCUGGUCCCCAAGCUGCAGGAGUUGAACCGCUGCCUGGGUGACCUUCUUUCCACUGCCAGCAAGACAGCAAACCCCUCCUCAGCACUGAGCAGACUGGUCCCUGUGACACCCCUAGCCUCCACAGGCUCCCAGCAAGCCAUCAACAUGCUGAAGGAGCAGAAUCGUCUCCUCACCAAGGAGGUGACUGACAAGAGCGAGCGCAUCACCCAGUUGGAGCAGGAGAAAUCUGCCCUGAUCAAGCAGCUCUUUGAGGCUCGUGCCCACAACAACCAUGAGAUGAGCCAGCUGGAUUCCACCUUCAUCUAGCAUAUGCCUUCCCUGCCCCAUCCCCAAACUUACCUGGGGGUUUCAAGGGACUCUUGCCCCAAACUCAUCACACCUGCUGCUCCAGGUGAUGUGUCUCAAGGUCUGGGGCUGCUGGUGGCAUCUCUGUGUGAGGAAGCCAGGACCCCUCUUGGGGAGCAUCCCUGCCCUGCUGAUGGCUUAUCAGCCAGGCUGCUCUCAAGCUGCUCCUUUCCUGUCUCUAAGUGGGCUGCAGGGAUGCUGUCCUCAGCCCUGUGACCCCCAGCAGGCAGGAGACAAGGCUGCUGUCUGUGCUGCCUGUGUGGGGUGAGCUAUUGUGCCCCUGCUGACUUAAGCUGGAUUUUGGGUGCUCUUGGGAAAAAGUGAUGUAUCUUCAACACUCUAGCCAGCUUCUCUAGACAAGCCUGGCUCUUAGAACGUGCUGGCUCCUGCUUGUCUUGCUGUUGGAAGACAAGAUUGGAAAUCCAAGGAGGCAUGCCUGGCCCCUCUUUGCUGCCCAUGUUCUGCCUGCCAGAGGCACUGUCCUGGCCCUGUAGUGCCCAAACUGGUGGUCCUCAUGGCAACCACUCUGUCGUGUUUGUGGUAGUGAUACCAUAGUUGCUGUUUACAUGUCUGUAGGCUCCUAUAGGGAAUGAGCCAUAGACCCAACCAGAGAUACAUCUCUGAGCUGCUAUUUUGGGCUGUUGACAAGUUGAGACAGACACCUCACUCUUUACUUGGCUUGACCUGGCAAAUACUUCCUGAUGUCUGCCAGGAUUAGAUUAUUUUCAUCAUGAUUGUGAAAGGAGAAGUGAUGUUCCAUAGCCUGAGGAUGCUCACGUCAGCCUGACCUCACAGAGGGUCUUUAGAACUUGGUUUUGUAUUUAACUGAGUGUGAUACAGAGGAGAAGCUGACAGGCUCUUCUCUGUGCACAUCUCCACAUGGAGAAAUGGCAGCUCUGCCUCACGUGUUUGUGGAGGCUGCUGUCAGGAUGACAUUCUGACUGUGAGCUGCACUCCUCUGCAGGUGUCUUGAGGGGUGGUGGUGGUUCAAGACGGGUCCUAUUAGAUGGCACAUCUCAGGACUCCUUCUGCUUCCCACCCAGCUCAGUGAUGGUGCUUGAGCUGAAUGACAUUUGACUGUGGCUUGGUACUUGGUAUCCAUGGUACUUUCACUGGAGAUCCCAUUUAGCACAGCCCGGCCCUCUGUAUCCCCAAGGCUAGGACCUUUCUCUCUGAUGUUGUUUCAUGGUCUGACUCUCCAGGCAUGAUGCUGUGGCACUGAGCUGAGCUGGGCAGUGCUGGUUUUGCCCUGAGCUGACACAUGCAGGCCAAUUCUGUUCUCACUUCUGUUCUCAUCUGUCAGGACUUUCUGUCCCAUGCAGCUGUUUUCUUUGAGACUGAUCCUGAGCUAAAGCUCUCUGCAAGUCAUGAAUCCCUGCUCUGCCCUGUGCCUGCAGCUGGAGUGGGGAUCAGCAGAAUACCAGGGAGAUGGUGGAGGAGGAGCAGCAAGGCCAUGGCUAGUCAUGUCCCCUGUCUGCAGAAGUUGGUUGUUAGUUGUCCCCUAGGCAUCAGUGCCUGCCAUCCUUUUUGUGAUGCCCCCUCUAGUGUCCAGUGCCUGUUUGCCUAAGGUUAAUUAGAGCUGACCCUUUUUAUGAGGGUGACCUGUCUGCAGGGAUAAUAAAGUGGGAUGACUUAUUUAA